AUGUAUGCUGCAACAACUGAAGAAGGUGCUCUAGAGGAAUAUCCCUGGAAACUAAAUUUUGACGGAGCCUCAAACGUUAUGGGUAAUAGGAUUGGGGCAGUCCUGGUGUCCUUAAACGGUGAUCAUUAUCAUUUCACCAGUAAACUUGACUUUGACCACACAAAUAACAUGGAAAAAUACGAAGCAUGCAUCAUGGGUAUUCGUGCAGCUAUAGAAUACAAGAUCAAAGUACUGGAGGUAUAUAGGGAUUUUGCAAUAGUGAUCUAUCAACUCAGAGGUGAAUGGGAGAUGAAAGAUCCCAAAUUGAUUGAUUAUCGAAAGCUAUUCCUUGAGUUAAUUAAGGAGUUCGAUGACAUCACCUUCUGCUAUCCCCUACAAGAUGGAAAUCAGAUGGUCAAUGUCCUAACUACCUUAGCUUCCAUAAUCAAAGUGAACAAACAAGAGGAUGUAAAACCUAUCCAGAUGAGUAUUUAUGAGGCUCUGGCCCAUUGUUACAACAUCGAGGAAGAGGAAAAAGAUGAUCACCCUUGGUACCAUGACAUACUGCAAUAUGUAAAGAACUGUGAAUACCUUGAGCAGGCAUCCGAGAAUGAUAAAAGGACACUAAGAAGACUGGCCGAUGAGUAUGUCCUAGAUGAGGAGAUCCUGUACAAAAGAAGAAAUGACCAGGUGUUGCUAAUGUGUGUAAAUGCUAUCGAGGCCAAGAAAAUUUUGGAAGAAGUCCACGAGGGUGUUUGUCAAACACAUGCUCAUGGAUUUACAAUGGCCAGACAAAUUAUGAGAUUCGGAUAUUAUCAGUCCAGCAUGGAAGAGGAUUGUAUCAACUAUGCUAAAAGGUGUUAG